CCCAAUCCCCGUAGGGUCAGCGGGGGGCCUACUGCAAGGCGAUGACCUACUCUGGGCUCUGGGAGGAGGGUGGCACGAGGGCACUGGACACUCACGUCAGGGCUGCAGGUCAGCGCAACUCCCCUGCGGGAGGCACUGAGUUGUUCCGGGAGAUUGUAGACACCCGGGCGCUCCUUCGACGCCGCCUGGGGAACGCGCUCCGCUUCCCCAACACUCACUUGUCUCUCGGGUCGGUCAGCGGCCGGAGGUCGCCGCGGACCGCGCCGCGUCUCCCACUUCCGGCGAGCGGCCUCUCGCGUGGCGCCUCGGGCAGGGUUCCCAUGAGGCCGCGCGCCCGAGGGGCCUCUCGGAGGCGCCCGAGAAGCCGGCGGCGCGGUCCUCUCGCUCCCCCAGGCGGCUUCGAACCGCUGCGGCUCCCUCGGGCCGUUGCCACAGCCGCCGCAGUGGAGGCGGCCGUGUGGUCCCCGCCACCGCGAGGCAGCACCGGACGGGCCAUGCUGCGCUGGCUGCGGGGCUUCGUGCUGCCCACGGCGGCCUGCCAGGACGACGAGGACUACUUCAACUACGGGAUCCUCUUCCAAGACCUGGACCGCAACGGGGACGGGGUGGUGGACAUCAUCGAGCUCCGGGAGGGGCUGAAAAACUGGAGCUCCACGUUUGGCAUGCACUCAGAGAAGGACAUUUUUAAAGCUGGAGAUACGAAUGAUGAUUCAAAAUUGGACUUCAAAGAAUUUUUGCAAUACCUUAAAGACCAUGAGAAAAAAAUGAGGCUAGCAUUUAAUAGUCUGGACAAAAAUAAUGAUGGAGUAAUAGAUACUUCAGAAAUAAUUGCUGCUUUGAAAUCACUGGGUAUAAAUAUUUCUGAAGCUCAGGCAAAAAAUAUUCUGCAAAGCAUUGAUACGGAUGGAACAAUGACAAUAGACUGGGAUGAAUGGAAGUACUACUUUUUACUUCAUCCUGCAAGAAGUAUUGAAGAUAUUGCUGGUUUCUGGAAGCGUUAUACUAUAAUUGACAUAGGGGAGAGUAUAGCUAUUCCAGAUGAAUUUACUGAACAAGAAAAGCAUUCUGGGGAUUGGUGGAGGCGUUUGGUAGCAGGAGGAAUAGCGGCUGCAGUUGCAAGGACGUGCACAGCACCUUUUGACCGCUUGAAACUCAUGAUGCAGGUCCAUAGUUUGAAGUCCGGAAGAAUGAGAUUAAUUGGUGGGUUUGAGCAGAUGGUAACAGAAGGAGGAAUUCGUUCUCUUUGGCGAGGAAAUGGUACAAAUGUUUUUAAGAUUGCACCUGAGGCAGCCAUCAAGAUCGGGGCCUAUGAACAGUAUAAGAAAUGGCUUAGUUUUGAUGGUGCUAAAGUAGGAAUUAUUGAGAGAUUUGUAUCUGGUUCAUUGGCUGGUGUAACUGCCCAGACCUGUAUUUACCCCAUGGAGGUAAUAAAGACCAGACUGGCUCUAGGUACAACAGGACAGUAUUCAGGGAUUAUUGAUUGUGGCAAGAAGCUUCUGAAACAAGAAGGUGUCAGAACCUUUUUCAAAGGUUAUAUUCCUAACUUUCUAGGUAUUAUACCUUAUGCAGGCAUAGAUUUUGCUGUUUAUGAGCUUUUGAAGAAUUAUUGGCUAGAACAUUAUGCAGGAAACGCUGUAGACCCUGGGAUAAUGGUUUUGCUGGGUUGUAGUGCAUUGUCUCACACUAGUGGCCAGCUAGCCAGCUUCCCUCUGAACCUUGUUAGAACACGGAUGCAGGCUCAAGCACUGGAGCAAAAAGGAACAACUUCUAUGAUUCAUCUCAUUCAAGAUAUAUAUAACAAAGAAGGAAAAAAGGGAUUUUUCAGGGGUCUCACCCCAAACAUCAUAAAAGUGCUUCCUGCGGUAGUCAUCAGCUGUGUGGCUUAUGAAAAAGUGAAAGGAUAUCUUGGAUUGAUUUAGAAGUGAAAUACUAAAUUGUUGUCAUUACUGUAGCCACUUAAUUAUAAGAUAAUACCUGGGU